AUGACGCUGAUGACGCUGUGUCAUGCGCCAGCUUUUGUCAGUCCAGUCAGAGUCAGAGACACCACUAUUUCGAGAAACCUGAUCUCGCUGCGUGCCCCACACGCGUUUGUGCGUCCCACGAUCAAACAAUUCCGUCUCCGCGUCGUUGACAUAUUGCCGUCAGAAACAGUGUUGGAGUUAAAGCACAAAGUGAGCGAUCUCUUGGGCAUCGAUGUACCACAGCAAAGAUUAUUACUCACUGGCAAGACUUUAGCGGAUGAAAAUCCGCUAAGUUUUUAUCCGGGAAUCAAAGAUGGCAGUAAGUUAAAUCUUUUGGUGAUCAAGAAGGCAGAGGAAGGCUCCAGCGAGGCGAGAUCUUUGCCCCAACAGAAAGCCGGUAUCCAUCUGCUAAGAGAAGAGGUCUCACGGGUGCUUAGGCAUUAUUAUACAGUAUCCGAGACAGAGUCCAUAGUCAAUGAGCUGAUAAAGGACUUGAAAAAUAAAGUGAAUAAUCUUAGUUACGAUGAUCUAGAGAGACUAGCCACUGCGUUACUCCAGGACCAAGAGAACGUAGCUUAAGGAUCACUCAAGAUUAUCCAAUUUUCGCUUACCAAUUGAUUAUUGUAAUACGAGUUUAUUUAAUUGAAGCAUUGCCUUAUAUUAUAUAUCGAAUCCUUUAAUAAUUGGUAUUGUGUAUUUAAAGCGCGAUCAUACUGACUAAGCAAGACUUGAAACUUAAUGUACUAUUUACUACGUUUGGAAUCUAAGGAUAAUCUUAUGUGAAGUUUAUUAAAAAUCGCUGUAUGUACACAGACAUAUAUCAUGUCGCGUCAUAAAUAAUUAUAUGCACAAUAGGAAAUUGUCAAGGAUCUGCCAAGUCUAAUUGACGAAAAUAUCUCGCUACUAGACAGAUGAACAAGUUCAGCGCUCCCAAUUCCUGCGCAUCCAAUUCUCUCUAAAAAAAAAAACACAAAAAAGAAAUAGCGAGAUUUUAAAGACAACGUUAGUAAAUUCUGACGUGAACUUUUGUAGAUAUUAACAAGACCACGAGUUAGUUUAGGCAUAGAAGAAAAGUUCAGUCUCUUAUUUUCUCAAUCUUUUGUAACCCGACAAACGCGAGUUUUUAUUAUCACCUUUUUCUAAUAUCGGGAAUGACAUAGCAACAGUAAGUAGAGGAAACAGGAAGUUAUAUGCAAUAAAAAUGUUUUGUUAAUAGAAA